UGUCUGAUUGUCAACUAUUAUUUGAAACUCCUAACCCAACUUAUAUUAACAUAAAUAAAUAAUUUUCUAAAUUAUUGUGAAUUGCGUUGAAAUGCAAUUUAAAACAAUUUUACUUGUUGUUUAACACUUUAUUAAUUGUUCCUAUUAACUUAUAAGAAUAUUCAGUAUUUGUGCUGGAACUGAUAACAAAAUUAUUGUGUAGAAACUCAGAAAAACUACUGUAGUGGAAUUAAAUUAUAGAAGAUAGAACACUACUGAGGUAUUAAAUAUUUACGAAGUAAAAUUAUUUAGCCUGGUAGAGCCGUAGAUUUAGUAGAAAUAUGCCUGUACCUGGACUGCUCACAAUUGAUCCAGACAAACUGUUUGUGCAAUAUUCAAUUCUUGAAAUUGAAGAUGUACAGAGGAAACUGCAAAAUGAAAUUGAAAGAAAACGCGAGGAAUUGAGAACCAUGGUUGGGGAACGCUACAGAGAUUUGAUUGAGGCAGCGGAUACAAUAUCACAAAUGAAAGUAUUGUCUGAAAAAGUCAUUGAUGAUGUCAACAGCAUGAAAAUAUCCACUGCUGAACUCCAAGAAAGACAAGUGUCUGGUUUUAAAAUUGAACACUAUACUAGGGAAGUGAAGGACAACACUUGGGCUUGUGUAGCUUUCCAAAUCAAAGUGCUGGUUGAUAUAUCUGAGUACAUUUGGGAGUCUAUCGACCAGGCUGACUUUACAAGAGCAACACUUCUUUUCUUAAUGGCUCGCUAUAUCAAAACAAGCCUGGAAAUUAACCCAAGCUUCAAGACCAGUGAGUACUUCCCGGUUGUGUCAAGACAGUGGUCAUCUGUUGUGCAUUUUAAAGAAACAAUUUUAAAAGGAGCUGAGGACACAUUGAAAUCACAAAAUCUUUCUCAGGUGACCAGCAGUUCACUAGUCAGUCUGGCACUGCUGGAAAGUCUCACUGCUGAACAACUGCUGCAGCGUUAUAUCUCUUUACGAUCUGAUGCUCUGCGUGCUGUUCUGUCUAGUCAUCAAACUCUGGACAGUGAUGCCAUCAAACAGCGACUCUGUCAUAGUUACACUCUUCUCAUUCAUUCUAUUACUGCCAUAUCAGACUGCUUUGUAGGUGGUGCUGAGACCAAGAAUGGUCUAUUGUGGGAAGACUUGGCUAGACAUGUUGGUCCACAAUCACCCCCCACUCUACAUCUUCUUGAAAAAGAAAAUGAAGAUAUGCCAACAUCUUUCUUACCAUCUGCUAUCAAACAGUUUAGGCCUGUACUAGACUGGUCUCUGGAGCCGCUGCCAGAGAGUCAGGUACACAAGGCUAUCACAACGUGGCUGGUGUGGGUGAGGAGUUUUGUCAAGGAGCAGGGAGGACACCUACUACAGCGUCUCUCCUCCCUGCGUAGUCUUCAGGGCCUUCGGGAUCCUCCUGCAGUGACAUGUGAAGAGUGGCCAUUGGUGGUACAAAGAGUGCUGCUGCUACCUAAUCUGGACCUGUGGAGUGAGCUGUACCGGUCACUUAUAACAUCACGGGCUCAGCAGCUGGUGUCUGUCCAUUGGGAUGCAGCUCUUAAACAACUUCAACAUCAGAUUCGAGCGGCCAUACAUAGUGCUGCCUUGGAGAGCAAGCAGACAGAAGUGGACCUAAUGUGGUACAUGUGGAAGGAAGCCUCAAAUGAUCUCAAUAACCUUGAUAACCUUAAAAAUACCAAAGGACUAUGGCUCAAGUCGAAAGGAAUGACGCCAAGAGUAGCUGAGCUGUGUGUAGGAUUGGAACACAAAGUCUGCUCUUUGCUGGCUGAUCUGACAUCUCUGUGUCCAGAACAGGAGGUAGAUCCUGCACUUCUAGCUAUCUCUCAUACAUUGAAGACUCAUCAACAAACAGUGUGCUCAACUUUAAUUGUGAGGCUGGUGCAGUUUGUGAAAGAUGAGCUGAAAGGAGUGAGUAGUGAGUCAGCAGCCAUGUUACUGGCAAAAUUCUUGCAGGCAGUGCCUGAGCUCUGUCCAUCUCUUAGCAAGUGCCUCUCUUCUGUUGACACCAAGGCAGUGUCAUGGCAAGAGAGUCUCUCUUUGGUGCAAUCAGAGUGUAUGGCUGUAUACCAGGUGUGGCUGACCCUUGCUGCAGAGAAUGUGUUAGCUCAAGUGACCCAAACCCUUGGGUCAGUUGUGCCAGACCUCCACUCUAUCCCUCAAUGGGAAGAAAUAAACAUAGAAGAAGAGGGAGAAACAGGGGAGAAGCUUCAGUCAGUUUUGAAGGUCCCCUGCAGCGCAAGUUUGAACCUACAGAACUCACUUCAUAAUCUUGCUUCCGUCAUUGGACAUGUAGCUGUUCCCAAACAGAUAUCCGAGCAGCUUGUGGGUAAUGUACUCAUCUGUAUUCUUGGUAAAUACAACGAAAACCUCCAACAAAGUCUAACACAAACACAAUAUCUGCAGAUGCUGUUGGAUGUAAAAUAUAUUGCUUGUCUUUUUAACUCAAUCAGCAAUAAGGAUUUUAAAGAGAAGUGUCAAGAUGUAAUAUUGAAAGUGGAGUCUAAAAUUGAUCCGUUUGAUCUCAAUGUAUUCAUGCCAUAUAUAAAUGACAAUGUGAAAAGAACAGCAUUUCAAACUCAGGCAUUGCUGGGUGUGUCCGGAACAUCUACGGGCCAAGCAGUGUCCAGCCACUCAAGUGAACAGCCCAGUGUACUAGCUCUCAGCAGUUCAGCCACUACAUGGUUUCCCCUCCUUCACAUCACAGCUCCCCGCACCUCACUGACACCAGCUAAGCCAAAGUUGGAAGGAAGUUUUUAGCUGAGCUAGGAAAGAAAGUAGUGAGUUCACCAUCAGCAGCAGUAUCAAUGACAACAGAAACAGGAACAAAACAGAGCAGUAGCUCUUCCUUCUUUGGUGUUAUGGCCACUGAUUGGUUUGGCUGACCAUUUCAGUCAGCGUAUGUUUUAUACAGAUAAUAUAUGAUAAUAUAUAUUCUAUUUGUUA